AUGGUUGCUGGUCUUUUUCAUGGUUUUCAGCUUCCAAAUGAUGGGCCAACUCUCUCUAGUCUUUGUUACGCUGACGAUGUUCUUUUUAUUGGCAAAUGGUCAGAUCAGAAUGUGGUGACUCUCAUCCGGCUUCUGAGAUGGUUAGGUCUUGUCACGGGGCUGAAAAUUAAUAAUAAAAAGUGUAAGCUUUUUGGCAUUGGAGUUCAGGAGGAGGAGGUAGCUCGUUUGGCGUCUAAAUUGAAUUGUGAAGCUGGGGCGCUCCCGUUUUUGUAUCUGGGAGUUCCAAUCGGGGCUAAUAUGAAGCGGGCCAAAUUUUGGGAACUGGUGGUGAGCAGGGUGGGAGCUAGACUAUCAAAAUGGAAAGCGAGACACCUUUCUUUUGCUGGUAGGCUCACUCUCGCUAAGUCGGUAUUGGGGAGUAUUCCUUCGUAUUAUAUGUCGUUGUUUUUGGCUCCAAAGGUUAUCAAUAAUAAGAUUGAUAGAAUUAGGAGGGAUUUUGUUUGGGGUAUUACGGACGCUAAGAAAAAAUUUAGAUGGGUCAGAUGGGAGUCGAUGUUGCGUUCGAAAAAGUCCGGGGGUCUGGGGGUUGGGAGAUUAAGUGACUUCAACUUAGCAUUGUUGACUAAGUGGUGGUGGAGAUUCAGAAUGAAUCCGAAUCAGCUUUGGGCUCGUGUGAUUGGUUCGAUUCACAAUUUCAAUUAUGCGGAUCAAAUUAUUCCGGUUUCUAAGUCCUUUCCAGGGGUGUGGAAGGAUAUUGGCUCCAUGGCUCAGGAGCUGAGUAAAAGGGGUAUCGAUGUUAAGCAUAAUCUGGUCGUUAACAAUGGCAGCUGGAAAUGGCGAACAUGCUCGGAUGACUCGUUCUCAGUUAAGCAAGUGCGUAGUGAUCUUGAAGACUCGAUGAGGCCAGAUUUGGGAUGUCUUGCAGGUUUCGAGUGGUCCAGUUGGGCUCCGCCUAAAGCUAACCUCCUUCUUUGGCGAGCUACCCUUGGUAAGAUUGCGAGUCGGUCGGUUUAUCUCAUAGAGGCAUCUCUAUGCCUGAUGUCUCUUGUCCUCGGUGCGGCCUCGGUAAUGAAGAUUCCAACCAUAUUUUCAUUAAUUGUCUUUGGGCAAGAAGCAUUUAGUGGAAUGUGCUUUCGUGGAUAA